AUGUCAGAAGGAACAAGUACAACAGCAUUAGUUAAAGUUGAGCCUAUCGAAUAUCCUCAAAUUAAACAAGAACAUGAUGAUUAUCCUCAAGUGAAUCAAGAAUUUAAAGGUUAUGAAGAUAUAAAGGAAAAUAAUCAAUUAUAUCUGCAGCGAUUUUUAAAAUCUGAGGUAACUAUAGAAGAGACAAUUAAACAAGAAGAAACAAUUGAUGAACAAGAUGAAAAACCUGUUACAUAUAGUGAAGAAAUCAGUGACACAAGUAAAUUAGAAAGGAAAGUGAAAAUGGAAGCAUUAUGUGAUGAAGAACAGUGCAAAAAAAUUGUUUGGAAGAAAAAUAAAGUGUUUCAAUUAAUUGAAUUGGUAGAGGCUCGUCCAGAAUUGUGGAAUGUCAGGUUGAAGGAGUAUAGGAAUCGAGACCUGAAAUAUAAGUCCUUGGAAGCAAUAGCAACAUCUUUAAAUUUGAGUGUUAAAAUAGUAAAAGACAAAAUUCAUAAUUUGAGAUGCCAGUUGAAUGAGCAUCUGAGAAAAAUGAAAAAGUUUAAAAGUGGUCAGGAUGCAGAUGAAUGGUAUAAACCGAAGUGGGAGUUUUUUGAGGCUGUCAAGUUUAUGAGUAUCCAGACAAAUUCAACAGAGGACUCAAUUGUCAGUGUUGGCAGUGCCCCUGAUGUUAUUAUUACAGAUGUGCUGGAUCAUCAUGAUGAGGAAAUAAAAGAUAAUUCUGGGUCUGGGCAGACUUCUGUUACAAACCCUCAUAAAAGAAAAAAACGAGCACCCGAUUCAGUUAAAAAGGUUGAUGAGUUUCUGAAUGAAGCUUUAACUUGUGUACGACCUCGGAGAGAUCAAUUGGACGUAUUUGGAGAGUUUGUUACUGCAGAGUUGAGAGGAAUACGCUCUGAAGAUAUCCGAAAAAAAUUAAAACUCAAGAUUCAGAGAGCUAUUUUAGAGGCAAAUGAGGAAGCUAUGAUCUCUCCAAGUAAUUUGAGUGAGUACUCCGUUUCAUCAAGCACUUCAGUAAUAGGCCAGAUGAUUUCUCCAAUGCAAAAUGAGACUACUUCAACGCAAUAUUAUGACAACAUUUAA